AUGAUUGCACGACACUCAGUCUUUGUCUUGCACCUUGCAGUGUGGGCGUCGCUGGCGGCGGGUAUUGCUCUAGCCGGGGAGGACACGAAUGUUUACCGUGAGGGCGAGAAGGUGCGGGUGUAUGGAAACAAGAUUGGUCCACUGCACAAUGCAUUCGAGACAUAUGAUUUGUUUCGCGCCCCUGGAUGCCCCCCGGCCAGCUGGGAGCAACGAGCGCCGACGUUGGGUCAGGCGCUCGUGGGUGACGAGUUCUAUGAGUUAAACGUAUCCGUCAACUAUGGCGUCAAUGUUAAGCUGGGCGUUAUUUGUCAGUUUGUGCCCUCUGAGGAAGAACUGGCCCGUUGGCGUGAGAUGAUCUUGGCUGGCUACGCAUAUCAGCUCUUAGUCGACGAGUUGCCGCUGUGGGCGGCGUUCGGGAAGGUGAUCAACACGGCACCGAUGAUUUACACGCAUCGUGCCUUUCACCUUGGUACAAAUGGACCACGGCUUGUCAAUGUCACGCUAGAAACGGCAGGUCCUGAGGAACUUCGUGCAGGCAAGAAGUACGUCUUUACGUAUUCCACGCAUUUUACUGCAUCGAGCAUCAACUUUGAAGAUCGUUUUGCGAAGUACAUGGAUGAAGAACUAAUUGGGCCACAGAUUCGGUGGUUCGCCAUCGCCAACUCCUUGUUGUUGGCUAUGUUUCUUGUGAUUGUCGUUUUGGUGAUUCUCUCUCGUGUGAUUCGCACGGACUACCAACGUAUCGAGCACGAACUUCGUUUGCGGGAUGAAGGGACCGACGAGCUUGUCGACAGCACAGGCUGGAAACAACUAUACGCAGACAUUCACCGUGUGCCUUCCUAUACAUCGCUCUUGUGUGCUUUAAUAGGUACUGGGGUGCAACUCUCUGUGGUGUUUGUGUUUGGAGUCGCAUUCGCGGCAUACUUUAGUAUGCGGAGGAUCUCCUUGCAACAUGCUGUUACCGUUGUAGCUAUGCUCUAUGCUUUAACUGGUGUGGUGGCAGGAUGUGUGUCCUCAGUGCAGUUUUUGCGGUACGCGACGUUGAGUCCGGCACUUUCCAAGAAAUGGAUGCGUUGUAUGGAGUUUACAAUGUCAGUGUUUCCACUCUUUCUUGUGUUGUGUGGGGCAAUUACGAAUAUUGUGGCACAUAUCUACGAGUCUGCGCUGGCGGUGCACCUUGGCGGCGUAACACUCAUUGUAGCACUUCUUCUUAUUGGGUAUUGCCCCUCUGUGGUGGCAGGAACUCUCCUGGGACGCUACGGGUAUCGGCGACAUGUACUUAUUCCACGUAGUCACCGUAAUUUGCCGCAUGUAAAUCAGAUUCCACGACUUAUACCACCGCCACCAAAUUUUUUGCUGUCGACCAAGGUGUUUGUCUUCCUUUGUGGCUUAAUGCCCUUUGGUUCAAUUGCAUUUGAACUUGGUCUCGUGCUGAACUCCCUGUGGCUAAACAAGCUAUAUUACUUUUACACGUUUUUAUUACUAACGUUUGCUGUAUUCGUGAUAGUUACGUCGUGUGUCUCCAUCACCGCGACAUACGUCCUGCUUAACAUAGAGAACCAUCACUGGCCAUGGAUGUCGUUUGGCUUUGGUGCAUCUAGUGGAUUUUAUGUCUACCUCUACUCCAUUUACUUUUACGUCUACCGCACCACCAUGAGUGGGCUUUUUACACUUGUCUUUUACCUUGUUUACGCAGCCACGCUGUCGGCGGCCAUUGGACUUAUGGGUGGCGCCAUUGCGUUCCUCACAGCAUCGUUGUUUGUCAAAAAGAUGUACGCCUUUGUGAAGUCUGACUAA